AUUCUCGUUCAGUUUCCGCGAUUGAUUCAACUCUGUGCUCGGGUGCCAGCCAUCGAUCUAUCGCCAGCUUUGCAUUCUCAUUCUCUCACCCCAUAGCCACCAAGUCUCAUCCAUUCUUGCUGAGCACGAGUGACGACAAUACACCAUGCGACGCGCAGAUCCAGGCAAGCCUCAGAUCCAGCUUCCUGUCGCUGCGGCUGUCGUCGACGUCGAGUCAUCCGACGCACAAUCCAAGUUGCUGCAGAAGGAUCUCCCCGAGACUGCCCAUCCUGAAACUGGUCUUGCUGCUGCCGAGACGGACGCCGGUCAAGCAGCAGCUGCCAAGACUGAAGUCCCAACUGACACGCAGACGACUGCUGCGAAUGGCCAUCAUCCGUCGCUGCCACUCGACUCCAAAGACAACCAGACAGCAGACUCCAACCCAGUCCUGGAGGUGCGCCCGGACGGGAUCCGAUUGAGCCGCUACUCGAGCGACGAACAGCUCGCUGGCAUUAUGGAUCUCAUCACUUCAGAGCUGUCUGAGCCGUACUCAAUCUACACGUAUCGGUACUUUAUCCAGUCGUGGCCAGACUUGUGCAUUAUGGCACACGAUGGAGAUCAACUGAUCGGUGUCGUUGUCAGCAAACUCGAAAUGCACGACACAAACUUCCGAGGGUAUCUUGCCAUGCUGUCUGUGCGGAAGGACUACCGCAAUCGCAAGCUCGGAACGCAUCUGGUCCGGAAAGUCAUCGACCGCAUGAUUGAAAGAAACGCCACAGAAGUUGUUCUGGAAGCAGAGCUCACCAAUAAGGGCGCCCUGGGGCUUUACGAAAACUUGGGGUUUGUGCGUGACAAGUUCCUCAAAGGAUAUUAUCUGAGCGGUGUAGAUGCCUAUCGGCUCAAACUGUGGCUGCAGUAACGACAAGCGCUAAUCUGUUACAAAUACACUGUUUCUUC